AUGGAAGGACAAGUGGUCAUAGUCUGCUUGUGGGUCUUAGUCUUGAUGGUUACCAUCAACCCUACGCCAACCAGAUGUGCAUAUUAUUCAGAUGUCGUUCCACUUGAACCCCUUAAACCAAACAUGGUUCAGUUCAGCUUCUACGUCCGAGAGACUUUUACCGGCACAAAGCCCACUGCAGUUGUGGUAGCUCACCCUUCCUUCAAGAAAACAUCCAACAACACACUGUCGUUCGGCACCCUAGUCGUCGUCGAUGAUCCCAUUACAGAAACUCCCAGUCAGACUGCGAGCGUCAUCGGGAGCGUGCGCGGCUACUACGCCUCUACUGCCAGCAAUAAUAAUCCGUUGUCGCUUUUAAUGACCCUUGCUAUCUCUUUUAACACUGGUCCUUAUAACGGGAGCUCCUUCACUGUACUUUCGGGCAGUUCUCCGUUGAAUAGUACCCGUAUAAUGAGUGUGGUGGGAGGGACAGGGCAGUUGUUUAUGGCGGGUGGGAAAGUGGAAGUCUCAACGGUUACCCGGAAUCUCACUACUUUUGAUGCAGUUCUUCAGCUUAAAGCUACUGUGAUUUACUAUGAAAAACCUUCUCCUUCAACUAUUGAUUUUGGUGGGAGCUCUUUUAAUGUACUUUCAAGGAGUUCUGGUGCUUCGAGAUAUUUGAAACUUGACAGUGGUGGGAAGGAUAGAGAAUUAUUUAUGGCAAGUGGGAUUGCAAAAAUUAGGAUGCUUUUGAUAAUCUUUUUACUUUUGGCAGUUAAGAAGGACGCUUUUCGAACUGCCUAUUCAUUUAUUUAA